AACAAUAUUAAAUUUGUGUAAAAUAAUUUAAAUAGAUAUUUAAGAUGGAUAAUAAUAUGAAAGACGUGUGUCUUUCGAAUUUAAGUGCAAAUGGAAAUGUAACGGAAGAGGAAUUUCAGAAUUUUAUGUACCGUGUUACCGAAGUUGAUAAGAUUGUAAAACAACUUGCUUCUUCUGAUGUCAAAGAACAGCAAUAUGGGAUGUUGUUGGCCGAUGAGAUUUUAAAAAAGAAGGAUACUUCCGAAAUUUCUGAAAAUGUUGAAUUGAAAAUAAAAUCAAAUAGAACCAUUAUAAGCAAGUAUCCAUUGGAAGAUUUAGAUCCAAAACAAAUGUCACAAGAUGCUUUCAAACUAAGUGUCGAGAGGGAUGCCAAUAAGCGUGCAGAAGAUCGAAAAAUUCGUAAUGAACUUUCCGAGACUUACAAACACAUAGGAAACACCGCCUUUAAGCAAAAUAAUUUCGAAAAGGCCAUCACGUACUUUUCAAAAGCCUUAGAGCAAAGGAAGGACACGGCAGUAUUAUGGAAUAACCGAGCGCUUUCUUACAUGAAAUUUGGCCUUUACGAGAAAGCUUUAUACGACUGCGAGUGGGCGCUCAAAGUCAACGAGAAUAACAUUAAGGCCCUCCUUAAUAGUGCCAGGUGCCAUAAGCUCUUAGGCAAUUAUGAGAAAUGUAAGGAGUUCAUUGCACUCGCCCGAACAAGAAAUCCAAAAUUUCAAAGUUACAUUUCAGAGUUCGAGGAGAAUUUGCACUCUGAAGAACUCGUUGAACUUGGGCCAACAGCGAAUAGUCAAACUGAUUAAGCAGGGCUAUACACACCGUAUUAACAAUAAAUUCAGUAUUUCUUAUCUAAUAUUAAUAAAAAAAAAUAAUG